CCUCUUUGGUUGGGGGUAUUACAAGGGAUGGGAUGGGUUAUACCGUUUUGUACAACGUUUGGUUUGCUUGAGUUACUAUCCUUGACUGUUGGGUCCACCCAUUUAAUACCCCAUUCGAAUUAUUGCUAGUCAAGCCAAAAUUGGCUUGACUGGUUAUCACAUAUUGAAUCCCAUUUUGUAACCCAUGUGUAAUGUCGAAAAUAUCCUUCGAAAAUACAUCAAUUACGAAAUUAAUAGGUAUAAAUACUAUAAUCUUCAUCUUCCCCUUUCUUGCAUCGUGCCCUAGUUUUUUUCCAGGUAAAAACUCAUAUGAACAAAAUAAAAAAAAACAACCCCACCUUCUUCCUCCUUCCCAAUCUCACACCUCGUCACCACCUUCCUUGUUCAAACCCAAUUUCUCCACUACUCUCAAUUUCAACCACCGCAGCCCCGCCCACCACCACCGCCCUCCUCCUCUCACAUCUGCAAUCAAUCACUUCCCGUAACAGGAAUUAAGAAAAAAAAAAAAAACCCCAAUUUCAACAAUCGGAAUCGGAAUACAGAUAUGGGGAUUGAUUACUACAACAUCCUGAAAGUGAACCGCAACGCCAGCGACGAAGACUUGAAGAAAGCCUACCGCCGCCUCGCCAUGAUUUGGCAUCCCGACAAAAACACCAACAAGCAGGAGGCCGAGGCCAAAUUCAGGCAGAUUUCCGAAGCCUAUGAUGUACUCAUCGACCUUCAGAAGCGCCAGAUCUACGAUUUCUACGGCGAAGAGAGCCUCAAAUCGGGCCGAUUCCCCCUCCCCCGCAGCUCUCACGUCCAGAACCAGAGUUUCUACUACAACAACCAUCAGCAGCAUCUGAGUCAGAAUGGCUAUGCUGUGGAAGUAUUAGAACUCUUUUGCACAAUGAACAACGACAACGACUUAAGCAUGGAUAGAUACAGCCUAGCUAGUGCAAUUACUGCAUGUGCUGAAAUUGCAUCGCUCGAACUCGACGAACAGAUUUUUGCUCGAGCUACUGUCAUUGGUGUAGAUUCCGACCAGGUCAUAGCAACUUCCCUUAUAGACUUCUACUGUAAGUGCGGUCUCGUAAGAAACGGUCAGAAAUUAUUUGACCAAAUGACGAAAUUCGACGAGGUUGUAUGGAAUUCAAUGUUGGUGGGCUACACUACAAAUGGAUUCGGAGUCGAAGCUUUGGCUCUGUUUCAAGAAAUGAGAGGAGUGAAUGUUACACCUAAUGAAGUUACUUUUACUGCAGUUUUAUCGACUUGCGAUCAUUGUGGAUUAGUCGAAGAAGGGAAAAAAUGGUUUUACAUAAUGAAAAACGAGUAUUGCAUCAAUCCUGGUAUUGAACACUACUCUUGCAUGAUCGAUCUUUUUGCUAGAGCGGGUUGUCUGAAAGAAGCAAUUGAUCUUAUCGAUGAGAUUCCUUUUCAGUCCGAUGCAACUAUGUGGUCAGCGGUUUUGGAGGUUGCAUCGAAAACGGCGAAAAUAUUCCUGGAAGAUGUCGAAUUGUUGGACGAGGAAUUCAAUAAUUCAUGGAUGGACAUCGCCUCGUUAAAGCAGGUUCGUUUUCUUGUUACAUUAUCGUUGCAAUUGGUUUCUUUUGUCUACUUCUCUAUAAUGAACGGCGGUGGAGCUAGAGAAUUUCCUAGCGGCGGCGGCGGUGGAGGAUCCAGGAAGGCGACGCCGGUGGAGAACGCGCUCAUGUGUAGCUUGGAGGAAUUGUAUGCUGGUUCUACUCGGAAGAUGAAGAUUUUCGGGAAUGUAAUUGAUUCUCAUGUGUAUGCUUACAGUUUACUGAUUUUAAAUUUCCAUUCAAUUUUUUUUCUUUUAAAUUCGAUCAUGCAAUUUUUUUGGGAUAAUUAUUUGCUCGAAUUCAUCAGCGGCUUUUAAAUUGAAGAUCUUUUAAAUUGCCGCAAUCACAGACAUCGCAUAAGAUUAAGGUUUCUUCCGCAGAAGAUUGUACCCAAAUAUAAAUGAAGAAGAGGGGAUAUAUUGGUAGAGAAAGAAUCGAUUAAUUAAUAAAUGUAUUAAAAGGGGCAAACCAGUAAUUUACCUAAAAAAUCCAUAGAAAACAGUGUUAUCACUCAAACAAAACAUGAUAUUAUUAUUGCAGAUAUUAUUAGUUUCUCCCCCAUAACUCCAACCAAAUAAUGGAUUAUUCACUGUGAAUCAACAAUUUAGUCCCAGUGUACCAUAUCCCAUCCAUAGCUAUCUAUCCAAACCUCCCAACCAAAGAGGCCCUA